GUUCGCUCGGAAAUAUUUGUUCGUUCUGAUCGAUCGAUACAACCGAAACGUCAGCGCCGGCAGCUUCGCAACCCUAGUUUUCGAUUCCCACUUUCCCCGAUCUCGAGUUCGCGCGCACUCCGGCGAACACGGCAGCGAUCAUGGCGGCUCGCGGGCAGGGGCAGUUGCAAGAUUUCGACUUUUUCGUGGUGGUCGACUUCGAGGCUACGUGCGUCAAAGACGCGCGGAUCUUCCCGCAGGAAAUCAUUGAGUUCCCCGCCGUGCUCGUCGACGGCGCCACCGGCCGCAUGGAGUCGGCGUUUCGCAGGUACGUUCGUCCAAAACAUCAUCCUCUGCUAACCCAGUUUUGCAGGGAACUCACCGGCAUCCGGCAGGAGGACGUCGACGGCGGCGUGGAUCUCGGCGAGGCGCUCUGGCUGCACGACGAUUGGCUGAAGGAGGCGACGGCGGGGGCAGGAAACAAGAGGAGCGUCCGCUUGGCCGUCGUGACCUGGGGUGACUGGGAUUGCCGUACCAUGCUCGAGUUUGAGUGCCGCUUCAAGGGCAUCGAGAAGCCCUCCUACUUUGAUCAGUGGAUAAAUCUGAGGGUCCCCUUCCAGGCAGCGUUCGGCGGCGGAGGGCGGGUGAACCUGCAGGAGGCGGUCCGGGCGGCGGGGCUGGACUGGGAGGGCCGCCUGCACUGCGGGCUGGAUGACGCGCUCAACACAGCGCGUCUGCUUGUCGCGAUCAUGCGGCGCGGCGUCAAGAUUACCAUUACCGGCUCGCUGGCGCCGCCGCUAUCGGCGCCGAUCCUGCAGCAGCCACAGCCUCACAUGAGUAGCUAUGGUGGCUACUCUGGGACGUGCUUGUGCUACUGCGGGCUGGCGAACAGAGGAGGCGUGAUGCAGGGGAAGUGCUUCUCAGGAUGCGCUAACUGGGGGCCGGCCAUGGGAGCCCAGUUCGGAUGGAGCAACUGAACCAAGGAUCCAUGGCAGGAGACUUAGAUUCAGAACAUACUGUAGCUCAGGUGCUAGUGUUAAUCGUGCUAGCCAUCAGAAUCAGAGGAUAGCUCGGCUGAUUCUAGCCUAGUCUAGUUGUGAAUUUAGUCUCUAAAAUCAGAAGUGACCAAUGGAGCUAUACAUGUCUGAAUUAUUAUAUUAUCAAUAGAAAUUUCAUUUUAA